AUGGAACAAGAUAUCGAAUUUGAAAAUCAAUUUCGGCCAUUACAUGAUAUUGAAGACGUUGAGAAUAUUUUGGUAUCAGGCGAUCAGUCAAUGAUCGCUAUUGACUGUUUUAAGAAGGAAGUCAUACUCAAGAUGAGUGGUGGUCAAGUCCAAUCUCGUGUUAAACUUGAUCAAUCUGGUCGAUCAAUGUUUAUUCCUGGUAGUAAUCGAUUGCUUAUUUAUGAUGCACGUAAUGUAUAUGAAUAUAAUUUACAAGGCGAUAAAAUUGCUUGGCAAGAUAUCUCUCAAACAAAAUCAGUUGAUGUUGGUAGACUCCAACGUAACCCCCAAACUACCGUCAACAUAUUCGACCUGAUCGAGUUUGUAGGUAUAGAAGAUUAUGGAAAGUACAGGGAAUUAAUCAAUGGAAUACUUGAAGAAGAAUCGGCUGCUAAAGAUUUGAUUCUCUUCAGAUAUAGAAAGAAGGAUAAAACACUCAUUCUCAUGAACACAUCCUACGUAGGUGAAAAGUGGAUAAUAACUGUUAACCUUACGACCGGAAAGAAGAGCGUUAAUCGACUGACAUUGAGUCAUGGUGCUCGUGUUGUGUAUGUUGAUGAUGAUUAUCUUUAUGUUUGGGAAAGAAACAAAGAUGAUAGACGUAGCUUGAAAAUACUCAACCAAGAUGGAAUGGAUUUACUCAUGAAAAGAUACAAAGACAAUAUCAAAUACUUCGAUAAUUUCACACAAUUCUUCAACCAUGAAAAUCUAUGGUCGGACAAGCAGUUAAUCCUAUAUGAAAAAUACUCUAGUUUGAAUAUUUAUAACCCCCAAACACUACAGCUACAAAUCACUCUACCAUUCCCUCACUUCGAUAUAUGGGACAUGCAAUGGAAUCUUCAACACUCUCAACUCAUCAUCAGCAGUGAUCAGCAUGAUUACUGCUUAGUAACCCACGUGAAAAAGACAUGA